AUGCAACGCCCGCUUAAAAUUGGCUACUGCCUAGCCCGGACCCUUCCCUCGCAGGAGACUAAAGAGUUACAUGUGGCCCUCUCAUAUUGCCAUCAUGCAUGGACCAUUGUGGGUGGUGACCGCAGUAGCGGUGCCAAAAGAGGGCAUCAGUUAACUCGCCUUGUUUCUAUUAGCACACAUAUCCUCGUCUCGAAACCGAAAUACCCCCCUCCGCCCCCUCGCUUUCUUUCUUUCUUUCUUUCUUUCUUUCUUUCUUUCUUUCUUUCUUUCUUUCUUUCUAUCUAUCUAUCUAUCUUGCCAUUCACAAUUUUGUCUCUCUUUUUCAAUGUCUCUCUUUUCCUUCCACUUCUUUUAAAUUAUCUUUCUCUUUAUUAUCUCUCUCUCUCUUUCUCUCUCUCUCUCUCUCUCUCUCUCUUGACAACAGGUCUCUCUUUUCCUUCCACUUGUUUUCAUGAAUUAGCCACUUAUUUAGAGAAUCUGGAAGAUGUAGUAGAGUUUUAUCAGUUUUCUUAUUUUUGCUAUUUCAUUUGUCCUUUUUUUCUUUCAUCUUUUUCUCGCUUUCUUUUUCGCUUCUUUUUUUUCAACUCCCCCUUUUUUAUUUUCUUAUUCUUUUAUUUGUCUUGUCCUUUCCAGUUAUUCUUCUUUUUAAUUCUUCAUGUUCUUGUCUUAGUCUUUUAUUCUACAUUUUCUUCUUUUUCUUUUUCUUCCUCCGUUUCUUUAACUUUCUUUCUUUUAUUUUUUUUUAUUUAUUUUACUAACCUCUUCUUUUUCUUUUUUUUUCCUUCUUUCUUUUUCUUUCCUUCUUUUUUAUCUUUCUUCUGCUUGCGAAUUUUUUUUUUUUUUUCUUUCUGCUCCUCGUUUUUAUUCAUAUUUUACUUUCUGUCUUUCUUCUUCUGCUUUCCUUUUCUAUUUUUCUUUCUUUCUAUAUUUUUCUAUUUUUAUCUUUUUCUUUCUUUAUUUUUGUAUUUGCUUCAUCUUUUCAUCUCUUCCUUUUUUCUUCUACUUGUUCCUUCUUUGUUGUUUUAUUCUCCAUUUAUCUCUGCUUUCAAAUCGCUUUUUUUGCUUCUUUCUUUUUUCUUCCUCCCUUCCUUUCUUUCUUUUUACUUCUCUUUUUUAUCUUUUCUCCUCCUCCUCCUUAUCUUUCUCUUUCUUCUUCUACAUGCUUUUCCUUGUUUUACUUGUUUUCCCUUCUCGUCUUUUCUCUUUUUCGAUUUUUUACUUGCUUCUUCCUCUUUUUCUUCUCUUCUAAUUGUUUCUUCUUUUUAUAUCGCCUUUUUUAAACAUUUCUUCUUCAUUUUUUUCUUUUCUUUAUUUUCUACCUUUUCAAUUUUUUCUUUUGAAUCUCUUCAUGUGAGUUUUUUUUUCUCUCUUUUUCUCUUACUCAUCACUCUGUCUGUCAGUAUCACUUUCUCUUUGCUAAUUAUUACCCUCAGUUUAAUUUUCUCUUUAUGUCUCUCUCUUUGCCUAACUCUUUUUCCUCAUCCUCUUUCUCUCCAUUCUAUAUCAUUGUCUGUUUCUCUAUCUUGCUCUCUCCAUUCUUAUCCUUUCUCUCUGUUUCGUUAUCUCUCACUUCUAAUCCCCACAUUGCAUACGGUGAAUUCCCAUUAA